AUGGCCACAAAGGGAACAGAUGAAGUAUUCCAGGCUCUGGAAGAUAACCAGGUGACACUCUCUGUAAUAAAAGCAUCUCGUUUCGUCAAGGCAUUUGAAAAGGAAGUUGACCACUGGGAACGCUGUCUCUCUCUGGUGCUGGAAGUCAUUGAAAUGAUCCUCACAGUGCAAAGACAGUGGAUGUAUCUAGAGAACAUCUUUCUGGCAGAUGACAUACGUAAGCAGUUGGUUCGUGAGACAGCAGAGUUCGAUGCCGUCACCUCCAGUUGGAAGAUCAUCAUGGAACGACUCGACAAGGACAAAAAUGCUCUCAGGGGAACACACCACCCAGGUCUUCUAGAGAAGCUGUCAGAAAUGAACACUAAGUUAGAGGAGAUUCAGAAGUCUCUGGACAUGUACCUGGAGACCAAACGGCAGAUCUUUCCUCGUUUUUACUUUCUGUCUAACGAUGACCUGCUGGAGAUCCUGGGCCAGUCCCGCAACCCAGAGGCUGUGCAGCCACACCUCAAGAAGUGCUUUGACAACAUUAAAAGUCUCCGCAUCAACAAGGUCGGGACUGGUAACAAGUCAGAGGCCAGUGGGAUGUUCUCAGCUGAUGGGGAGUUUGUUGACUUCACUCAUCCUGUUCUUCUGGAGGGGCCAGUGGAGGCAUGGUUGUGUGAUGUUGAGCGAACCAUGCGCUGGACUCUGAAGGACUCCCUGAGGAAUUGCUCCAUGGCUCUCAAGAAGAUGCCAGGGAAAAGGGGCAAAUGGGUGCGAGACUGGCCAGGACAGAUGUUGAUCACAGCCAGUCAAAUCCAGUGGACCACAGAUGUCACCAGAGCCCUUAUGACCAGCAAAGAGAGAGCAGAUAAAUCUGCCCUUAAAUCACUGAAAAAGAAACAGGUGUCCAUGCUCAAUCAAUACUCUGAAGCCAUACGAGGGAACUUAACCAAGAUUCUACGCUUGAAGAUUGUCGCUCUUGUCACGGUGGAGGUCCACGCCCGUGAUGUCAUCAGCAAGCUGGCAAAAGGGGGCUGUUGUGAUGUCAACGCAUUUGACUGGCUGUGCCAACUCCGCCUUUACUGGGAGAAGGAUGUGGACGAUUGCAUCAUCAGACAGACCAACACACACUUUCGCUAUGGCUACGAGUACCUGGGCAACUCUGGUCGUCUGGUCAUCACCCCUCUCACAGACAGGUGCUACAUGACUUUGACCACAGCACUUCAUCUGCACCGAGGUGGUUCUCCCAAAGGCCCUGCUGGAACUGGGAAGACGGAGACUGUUAAAGAUCUGGGUAAAUCUUUGGGCAUGUAUGUGAUAGUGGUUAACUGCUCAGAGGGUCUGGACUUCAAAUCUAUGGGCCGCAUGUACUCUGGCCUGGCUCAGACAGGCGCAUGGGGAUGUUUUGAUGAGUUUAACCGUAUAAACAUUGAGGUGCUGUCCGUGGUGGCUCAGCAGAUUCUGUCGAUCCUGUCUGCUCUGUCUGCGGGACUCAAUAAUUUCAGCUUUGAGGGCAGACAGAUCAACUUGAUCUGGUCUUGCGGGAUCUUCAUCACCAUGAACCCAGGUUACGCCGGCCGAACAGAGUUGCCUGAUAAUUUGAAGUCCAUGUUUCGGCCAAUCUCUAUGGUGGUGCCAGAUUCCACCCUUAUAGCUGAGAUCACCCUUUUUGCAGAGGGUUUCAAUAACUGCAAGGUAUUGGCUAAGAAGGUCUUCACACUGUAUUCUCUGGCAGUGCAGCAGUUGUCUAAACAGGACCACUAUGACUUUGGCCUGCGAGCUCUCACUUCUCUGCUUCGCUAUGCUGGAAAGAAGCGCAGAGCUCGGCCUGACAUUGUCGAUGAAGAGAUCCUGCUGAUGUCUAUGAAGGACAUGAACAUCGCUAAACUAAGCUCCAUCGAUCUGCCACUGUUUAAUGGGAUCAUCCAGGAUCUCUUCCCUGCCGUGGAGACACCCACUAUCGACUAUGGAAAGUUAAAAGAAGCUGUAGAGGCAGAACUUCGACUGAGCGGCUUACAGGUGAUUCCCUUCACCGUGACCAAGGUGAUUCAACUGUACGAGACCAAAAACUCCAGGCACUCUACAAUGAUUGUAGGAAAGACGGGCAGCGGCAAAACGGUCACAUGGAGAACCCUUCAGAACACCCUCAGCACCUUGCACCGCAAUGGAGAACCAGGAUUCAACCUCAUACGCGAGUGUCCCUUAAACCCAAAGGCAGUGAGUCUGGGAGAGCUGUACGGUGAAUACAACCUUUCCACCAAUGAGUGGACAGACGGCGUCCUCUCCUCACUAAUGAGGAUGGCCUGUGCAGAUGAGAAGCCUGAUGAGAAGUGGAUUGUGUUUGACGGGCCAGUGGACACGCUGUGGAUCGAGAGCAUGAACUCUGUAAUGGACGACAACAAAGUCCUCACACUCAUCAACGGAGAGAGAAUCUCCAUGCCCGAACAGGUCUCAUUACUGUUUGAAGUGGAGGAUCUGUCAGUGGCGUCUCCUGCCACUGUGUCUCGCUGUGGGAUGGUUUACAGCGACUACUCUGACUUGGGCUGGAAGCCUUAUGUUCAGUCCUGGAUGGAAAAGCGGCAGAAGGUUGAAACAGACCUCCUCUGGCAGCUUUUUGAGCGCUACAUAGACAAUACUCUCGCUUUUAAGAAGACUCACUGUAAGGAGCUAGUGGCCAUCACUGAGCUGAAUGGAGUGGCGUCGCUCUGUAGACUUUACCACUCUCUGGCAACUGCAGAAAAUGGGGUGAAACCAGCUGACUCUGAAAACUAUGGUCGGAUGGUGGAGCUCUGGUUCAUCUUCAGUCUCAUAUGGUCAGUGUGUGCUUCAGUAGACGAGGAAGGACGAAAGAAGAUUGACACCUUCCUACGGGAAAUUGAGGGAAGUUUCCCUAACAAGGACACCAUCUACGAGUACUACGUGGACACCAAGAACAAAACGUGGGCGUCAUUUGAGGACAAGCUGCCCAAGGGCUGGCGCUACGCCUCCAAUGCUCCGUUCUAUAAGAUCAUGGUCCCCACUGUGGACACGGUGCGCUAUCAUUACCUGGUCAAGGCUCUGGUGUCCACUCAGCAUCCAGUGCUCCUGACGGGUCCAGUGGGGACUGGGAAGACGUCAGUGGCCCAGAGUGUCCUGCAGAGCCUGGACAACAUCACAUGGGCCACGCUCACCGUCAACAUGUCCUCACAGACUAGCUCUAAUAACGUGCAGGAGAUCAUUGAGUCUCGGGUGGAAAAGAGGAUUAAAGGUGUCUACGUUCCAGUGGGAGGGAAAAAGAUGGUGGUUUUCCUGGAUGAUCUCAACAUGCCCGCCGUGGAUAACUUCGGCUCCCAGCCACCUCUGGAGCUGCUCCGCCUCUGGAUUGACUACGGCUUUUGGUAUGACCGUCAGAAACAGACCCUCAAAUACAUCAAGGACCUUUUCCUACUGGGUUCGAUGGGGCCCCCUGGUGGAGGGAGGACUCACAUAUCAGGACGCCUACAGAGCCGAUUUAACCUGAUCAACAUGACUUUCCCUACAGAGUCUCAGAUAAAGCGCAUCUAUGGGACCAUGAUCAGUCAGAAGCUGCAGGAGUUUGAGGAGGAGGUGAAGCCCAUCGGGGGGAUUCUGACUCAGGCCACCCUGGAGCUCUACCAUGCCAUCACCUCCCGCUUCUUACCCACGCCUGCAAAAAUACAUUAUCUCUUCAACCUCAGAGACAUCUCCAAGGUGUUCCAGGGUCUGUUGCGAGCGCACAAAGACUUCCACGACACCAAACAGAGCAUCACACGCCUCUGGAUUCAUGAGUGCUUCAGGGUCUUCUCCGAUCGAUUGGUGGAUCAUGCAGACAUGGAGACGUUUGUGGGAGUUUUGUCAGAAAAACUGGCUUCUCAUUUUGAUGUGCCCUUCCACACCAUCUGCCCCAACAAACAGCCCCCUCUGUUUGGUGAUUUCCUGAGGGAGCCACAAAUAUAUGAGGACCUGCUGGACUUUAAAGCUCUGAAGGUUCAUAUGGAGAACCAGCUGGAGGACUACAACCUCACGCCUGGUGUGGUGCCCAUGAGCCUGGUGCUCUUUAGAGAUGCUAUAGAUCAUGUCACACGUUUGGUGCGAGUGAUCAGUCAGCUCAGAGGGAACAUGUUGCUGGUUGGCAUCGGUGGCUCAGGGAGGCAGAGUUUAACCAGACUGGCUGCUUACAUCUGUAGGUUUACGGUUUUCCAGGUGGAGGUCACCAAACAGUACCGCAAACAGGAGUUCAGAGAGGAUAUUAAAAAGCUCUAUCGGCUGACAGGAGUGGAAAACAAGCCCACUGUGUUCCUGUUUAAUGACACACAGAUCGUGGACGAGUCCUUCCUUGAAGACAUUAACAACAUCUUGAGCUCUGGGGAGGUGCCCAAUCUCUAUAAAGCAGACGAGCUCGAUGAGAUCCAGAGCGCUCUGUCAGACUCCGCCAGGAAGGACAAUAUCCUGGAGACACCAGACGCCAUGUUUAACUACCUGAUAGAGCGCGUCAGGAACAACCUGCACAUUGUGUUGUGCAUGAGCCCUGUAGGAGAUCCUUUCAGGAAUCGUAUUCGUCAGUACCCAGCACUGGUCAACUGCACAACAAUAGACUGGUUUUCUGAAUGGCCACGCGACGCUUUGUUGGAAGUGGCAGAAAGAUGUUUGGAUGGACUGUCUCUUGGGAGCGAUGAUGGGAUCCAGACUAAAGUUGCCAGUAUCUUCGUCACCGUGCACCAGUCUGUGGCCCAGUUCUCUCACAGGAUGAAAGUAGAGCUGAAGAGACACAAUUACGUCACACCAACCAACUACCUGGAGCUCGUUUCUGGAUACAAGAAGCUGUUGUCUGAGAAGCGCGAUGAGCUUGGAGAGCAGGUGUCGAAGUUGAGGAACGGCUUGUUUAAGAUUGAUGACACACGCACUAAGGUAGAGGCCAUGUCUGUGGAGCUGGAGGAGGCCAAGAAGAAAGUCGCCGAGUUCCAGAAACAGUGUGAGGAAUAUCUGGUUGUCAUCGUGCAGCAGAAGAGAGAGGCUGAUGAACAGCAGAAGGCGGUGGGCGCUCACAGUGAGAAAAUAGAAGCAGAAGAAAUCAAGUGUAAGGCCAUGGCUGAGAAUGCUCAGAGAGACCUAGAUGAAGCACUUCCUGCUCUGGAGGAAGCCAUGAAGGCGCUGGAGUCGCUGAAUAAGAAAGACAUGACGGAGAUCAAGUCUUAUGGCAGACCUCCAGCUCUUGUGGAAACCGUGAUGCAGGCAGUCAUGAUCCUCAGAGGAUGUGAACCAACUUGGGCGGAGGCCAAGAGACAACUGGGAGAGGGCAACUUCAUUAAGCAGUUGGUGAAUUUUGAUAAGGACAACAUCUCUGACCGUGUGCUGAAGACCAUUGGACAGUACUGCACACAGCCUGACUUCCAGCCCGAGAUCAUCGGACGUGUCUCACUUGCUGCAAAGUCCCUCUGCAUGUGGGUCAGGGCCAUGGAGGUUUAUGGCCGUAUCUUCAGGGUGGUUGAGCCGAAGAGAGCCAGGCUGCAUGGAGCAAUGACUCAGCUGGCUGAGAAACAGGCUGCACUGGCUGAAGCCCAGGGCAAACUCAGAGAAGUAGGAGAGAAACUUGAUCAUUUAAAAAGGCAAUAUGAUGAAAAGCUGGCCCAGAAAGAAGAGUUAAGAAGGAAAUCUGAGGACAUGGAGCUCAAACUGGACCGAGCUGGCAAGUUGGUGUCUGGACUGGCUGGAGAAAGAGUUCGCUGGAAGGAGACAGUAGAUGGUCUGGAGAAGAACAUGUCCUGUUUGGUGGGAGACUGUCUGCUGGCUGCUGCCUUCCUGUCCUACAUGGGACCUUUCCUGUCCAACUACAGAGAUGAGCUGGUCACAGAUAUCUGGAUGAAACAGGUGAGAGAAUUGGAGGUGCCGUGUUCUCCGGGGUUCAGUUUUGCGGUGUUCCUGUCUAAACCCACAGCAGUGCGCGAAUGGAAUAUCCAAGGCCUCCCGUCUGAUGCCUUCUCCACUGAGAACGGAGUCAUCGUCACCCGUGGCAACCGAUGGCCACUAAUGGUGGAUCCUCAAGGACAAGCGCUAAAGUGGAUUAAGAACAUGGAGUUCAAACAAGGCUUGAAAGUAAUAGAUCUGCAGAUGCCAGAUUUUUUGCGGAUCCUGGAGAAUGCGGUGCAGUUUGGUUCUCCAGUGCUCUUGCAAAAUGUACAAGAGGAACUAGAUCCUUCACUGGCCCCCAUACUCAACAAGUCGCUUACAAGAGUUGGUGGCCGUUUCUUGUUAAAGCUGGGAGACAAAGAAAUAGAAUACAGCCCUGAAUUCCGUUUUUACAUGACCACUAAACUGUCCAAUCCACAUUACACUCCUGAGAUCUCUUCUAAAACCACCAUCGUCAACUUUGCUGUUAAAGAACAGGGUCUGGAGGCUCAGCUGCUUGGGAUCGUGGUGAGGAAGGAGCGUCCAGAGCUGGAGGAACAGAAGGACUCUCUGGUGAUCAACAUCGCCUCUGGCAAGAGGAAACUGCAGGAGCUGGAGGAUGAGAUCCUGCGGUUGCUGAACGAGGCGACCGGCUCGCUGCUGGAUGACGUUCAGCUGGUGAAUACCUUGCAGACCUCCAAAGUCACGGCCACAGAGGUCGCGGAACAACUAGAGAUCAGCGAACUGACCGAGAGCCAAAUCGAUACAGCCAGAGAGGCCUACCGCCCCUGUGCCCAGAGGGCGUCCAUCCUGUUCUUUGUACUGAAUGAUCUGGGCUGUAUAGACCCCAUGUAUCAGUUCUCUCUGGACGCUUACAUCAACCUGUUCAUCCUGAGCAUAGAGAGCAGCCCCCGCAGCCACAAACUGGAGGAGAGGAUAAACAAUCUCAACAGACACCACACUUAUGCUGUCUACAGAUACACCUGUCGAGGACUGUUUGAGUGUCACAAGUUGCUGUUCAGUUUCCACAUGUGUGCCAAGAUCCUGGAGGCAUCUGGGAAGCUCAACAUGGAUGAAUACAACUUCUUCCUCCGGGGGGGAUUGGUUCUAGAUACAAAGAAACAGAUGGAUAACCCCUGCUCUCACUGGCUGUCGGACUCUAACUGGGACAACAUAACUGAACUGGAUAAACUGACUAAUUUCCAUGAACUCAUGGCCUCGUUUGAGCAGUACCCUCGAGACUGGCACCACUGGUACACCAAUCCAGAACCAGAGAAAGCACCACUUCCUGGAGAAUGGGAAAACAGCUGCAAUGAGCUGCAGAAGAUGCUGAUUGUAAGAUCUCUCCGACAGGAUCGCGUCUCUCUCUGCGUCACUGCUUUCGUCAUCAACAACCUGGGCUCUCAGUUCGUAGAGCCACCCAUCCUUGAUAUGAAGGCUGUUGUAGCAGACAGCACCACGAGGACUCCUCUGAUCUUUGUGCUGUCUCCUGGUGUGGACCCAACGGCAGCCCUGCUUCAGCUGGCAGAGACGUCAGGCAUGGGUCAGCGCUUCUUUGCCCUCUCGCUGGGUCAAGGCCAGGCACCCAUCGCCACCCGGCUGAUCAAAGAGGGAGUCGCAAACGGUCAUUGGGUGUUUCUGGCUAAUUGUCACCUGUCUCUCUCUUGGAUGUGUGAGCUGGAUAAGUUGGUAGAUGAGUUACAAGUCCAGGAAUGUCAUCCAGAUUUCCGGCUGUGGUUGAGCUCCUCCCCUCACCCAGAAUUCCCCAUCGCCAUCCUGCAGACAGGCAUCAAAAUCACUACUGAGCCUCCCAGGGGGGUGAAGUGGAAUAUGAAGCGUCUCUAUCAGCGGGUGUCUGAGACUCAGUUCCUGCGCUGCUCUCGGCCGCUGCUGUAUCGAAAGCUGCUCUUCAGUCUCUGCUUCUUUCACAGCGUCAUACUGGAGAGGAGGAAGUUCCUGCAGCUUGGUUGGAACAUCAUAUACAGUUUCAACGACUCUGACUUUGAGGUGAGUGAGAAUCUUCUGAGUCUUUAUCUGGAUGAGUAUGAGGAAAUCCCCUGGGACGCUCUCAAGUUCCUCAUCGCUGGCAUUAACUAUGGAGGACAUGUGACUGACGACUGGGACCGGCGUCUGCUCACCACUUACAUCAACCAAUACUUCUGUCCUGCUGUUAUCGAUACACCCUUCUUCAAGGUCUCCUCCUUGGUCUCCUACUAUGUUCCUCGUGAUGGACCUCAAUCCUCAUAUGUGGACUACAUCAGUCAGCUGCCUGCACUAGAGCACCCAGAACUUUUCGGACAGCACCCUAAUGCUGACAUUGCCAGCCAGAUCACGGAGGCUCGAACCCUGUUCCACACAUUGCUGUCUCUCCAGCCGCAGGUCACCAGCACAGACACCACCAGCGCUGGAGCCAGCAGAGAAGACAAGGUGCUGGAACUUUCUGCUGAUGUUCUGCAAAAGAUCCCUGCUGAGAUUGACUAUGAAGGCACUAGGAAGUUGCUAAAGGAUGAUGUUUCACCUCUGAAUGUGGUUUUGCUGCAGGAGAUCCAGAGAUACAACACACUGCUGCACACCAUCAGAUUGUCUCUCUUAGAGCUGGAGAAGGGCAUUAAAGGUCUGGUUGUGAUGUCCAGCAGUCUAGAGGAGACUUUUAACUGUAUCCAUGAUGCCCGUGUUCCUCCUCUGUGGGAGAAGGCGUACCCGUCUCUGAAGCCCUUGGCGUCGUGGACGCGGGACCUGUGCCAGCGCGUGGAGCAGUUUGCUCGCUGGGCGGAAACUGCUCGCCCUCCUGUCCUCUUCUGGCUGUCUGGAUUUACCUUCCCUACGGGCUUCCUCACCGCUGUGCUGCAGAGCUCUGCACGGCAGAAUAACGUAUCUGUAGACACUCUUUCCUGGGAGUUCAGUGUCACCACAGUAGAGGACAACAAUCUGCUUUUCCCUCCCAAGGAUGGAGUGCUCAUCCAGGGUCUGUUUCUGGAAGGCGCAGGCUGGGAUAAGAAAGCUUCCUGUCUGGUUGAGGCAGAGCCCAUGCAGCUGGUCUGCCCAAUGCCCACCAUCCACUUCAAACCAGUGGAGAGCCGCAAGAGAUUGGCCAAGAAUAUGUACUCAUGUCCCUGUUACUACUAUCCAGUGCGCUCGGGCAGUUCUGGUCGUCAGUCAUUCGUGGUGGCAGUCGAUCUGAAGUCUGGAGCUGUGCCUUAUGAUCACUGGAUCAAAAGAGGAACCGCUCUGCUCAUGAGCCUUGAUAACUAAACACACACACACACACACACUCACACUUACAGUGACACUUGAUUAACUGUCUAAUUUUAUCCUGAGAUCUUGUUACCUCUUCUGCAUUUGAUUUAAAAAGAGAACUGAAUAUGCAAUCACAAAUGUGCUAUCAAUUGAUGUUUUAUGAACUUGUGGUGUUGUAAAUUCAUUGGAAAAAAGGUUUAAUAAAACAGCUCAGAGGUUUCACAUUCA